CACUGAAGGUGGAGGACAACAAGGAGGACGACAGCAAGUAACGGGAAUUGAUUUGAUUUGUUUUACAUGCCUUCUAUCAAAUCGGCCACGAGUCAUCAGAGCACUGCAGAUGUUUGGACGACUGUUCCCUACAUUCAGAAUCUCGUUGGUGGUUUGUAGUGAAAAGUGACAUUGUGUUGCGUGAGGGAAACCGUUUGAGACUUUAGUUGUGGCUAGAUGCACCGAAAUAAUGUAGCCUGCUCUCUUUACAUGCGCAGACACCUUCGUUUUUAUUUGACAAUGCAACAUAACAGUGGGGGAAAUAUAUGACUUCCUUCCUUCCUGUCGCUUCACCAACUCGAUACACACGUUUGGUCGCAGGUUUUCUGCAACAACAAAAAAAGUUGCUGCAAGGGUUAGAUAGAUAUCGUUUCCUGUUUUCCUCCACAAGCCAUACCUGCCCAGCGUUAUUUGGUUUCCUCUAACUUUGAAAGGGCCAUGUAUACCCAGCCCACAUGUCAGACCUCGCACAAGAGAUGGCAACAGCGAAGGCUCUACAACAGUGGUGCCGCCUCACAUGCGCCUGUUACCCCGAUGUGGAAAUAAAGAACAUGUCAACCUCAUUCAGAGACGGGCUCGCGUUUUGUGCCAUCAUCCACAAACACCGGCCUGACUUGAUAGAUUUCAGCUCCCUCUCCAAAGAUAAUGUUUAUCAAAAUAACAAACUGGCAUUUGAGAUUGCAGAAACGAAGUUGGGUAUCCCUGCUUUGCUGGAUGCAAACGACAUGGUUUCCACCAUGGUGCCUGAUUGUUUGAGCGUCAUCACCUACCUUUCCCGGUACUACUACUUCUUCAACAGGAAGACUUACGCAGGCCUUGCCAGCUUGAGGUCAUCACAUGUCACUGUCUUAAACAAUCGCACAAAGAGUAAAACUCCUGAUGGUCUGAAACCCCAGAAGAGAUCGACUGAUCUGGAAACCAGCAGAGAACAUCGUUUGUCCAACGCAAAGCCACAAACGGUGUGUAAUCUGUGUUUUAAGCCUGUCCACCUCAUACAGAGACAUUUGAUUGACGGAAAGCUCUACCAUCGCAGCUGUUUCAGGUGCAAUGUGUGCCGCAAUACUCUUUUACCUGGGUCUUACACACAAGGAGGUGAUGCAUGCUCCUUGAUCUGCACUCACCACAUAACAAACAGUAAAAGUUCUCAUGUUGACCUCAGUCAGCAAAUUGGAUCGACUCAGAAUCAGCCCAGAUGUAAGUUUCAGGCAGGUUAUUUUUCUCUUGGUGGAUUGGCUGUCUCCAGUGUCCCUCAUUACACUACGAACACAGAGUCACAGGACAGAAUGGUUUGUAAAACAACAGAGACGGAGGGAAAAGAAAGGCAGGAGAGGAGCAGAGAGGUAAAGAAGCCAGCACCUCCUCAUCUUCCCACACCCACAAGUGUUAAAGACAGGACCGUUAAAGGAGCCGGAAAAACUGGACCUGCACCCAUUCUGGCGGACGGCAAGAUACAACAGGAAGCGACAAAGACCCAAGAGCAGUCUGAGCACUCACCGUGUGCGCAAAUGACAGAAGGAGGUAGUCGGCCAGUUCCAGCACCCAGGCGAAAGUUGGACUCUUCUAUAGUCCCUGUUCCUGCACCCAGGACCAGAACCUCCCAGACUGCAGAAAUCGAGACUCAUCAGACCAGGCAACAUUUUUCCAGUCUUCAACUGUCCAAUUUUGACAGUUCAUCCUACCAAAAUAAAUGUGUAGUCAAUUCCUCUCACAUCACCAGCCCAACCAGUGGUAGCCCUAAAGUGAAAACCAACCAUCCAUGGCUGGCCAUCAUUCAUCCCGGACCCUGGACACAGCUGCCUCCAGCUCCAGCUCCAGUACCCACUCCUCGAUCCAAAUCUGUCUCUAACCUGCGGAUGUCAUGGAACGCACCCAGAGUUCCUCCUCCCAAUCCAUUCGGAGAGGAUGUGGAUGAGGACACUCAAGAAGAGAGCACUAAACCUGAGCCUGCAGACCAAAUCAAAGCCUCAGUGGCAGCUGUUCGUUCAGGGAAUGGUGGCAGUCUGACAGAUAAAUCAAGGGACGCAGCUACUGGUAUCUCAGAUGUGGAUGAAACGGGAAAUUCAGUACUGGAUGUGACUAAAGCAGCAGCAGGGCCGCAUGCCACUUCAGAUGAAGCACAGAGUCACACUUUACCUAGGAGUCUUUCUGUGCCAGCUUUCUGUGCCACAUUUGCCAAAUGUGACUUGACAGAGGCAAAUAAAUGUGAUCAGGUCACGCCAUGUCAAAGUAAGAUAACCUGCAAAGAAAAUCCUUUUGAUAGAAACCCUGCAAUGCCCAAAUCAAAAACUUUCCAGUCCCUCCCAUCUAGACGGGCACCUGCUCCUGGACAUGGCUUCCCACUCAUCAAGAGGAAGGUGCAGGCGGACCAGAAUGUUUCUACAGAAGACCUGCAGGCGGAGAUGGGAGAACUGGAUAGACAUUUGGAGGCACUGGAACAAAGAGGAGUCGAGUUGGAGAAGAAUCUGAGAGACUGCAAGAAUGAUAAAGAGGAGGAAAAAAUGCUUAUGGAGUGGUUCUCUCUUAUCCAUGAGAGACACGUUCUGGUGUGCAGAGAUACAGAGCUGGUUUAUCUGACAAAGCAGCAGAGAUUAGAGGAAAGACAGGCAGAUGUGGAGUACGAGCUCAGAUGUCUCCUUAUUAAACCCGAGAGUGACUGGAGUUCAGAGGAUCGAGGUCGAGAGCAGCAGCUGAUGAAAGAGCUGGUCACCAUCAUCGAACAAAGGAACCAGAUCAUCAGCAGCUUGGACCAGGACAGGCAGAGGGAAAGAGAAGAAGAUAUACUUUUGGAAUCCAUGAUGAAGAACAAAGAGUUCCAGAAAGAGGGACUAAAAGAGCUAAAGAAGUCAAAAGGAAAGUUCAAUCCCACAAAGGUAUUUAAGAUGCUGAACCAUAAAGCAGAGGGCACCAAAGACUCCAAGGACAAAAAGUGCUGAAGUAUCAUAACUGCAGAAACUCUGACAACAAAUUCAUGUAUACUUUGACAUGAUAAAGAUAAUGAAACCGUUGUGGAAAAGUGGAAGAGGAUCAUAAUAUGAAACAAUUUGUUCAUUUUAUUGUUAUAUUUAUGUUUCUUUUUAUUUUAUUACAUACUUGUAUUCAUUGAAGUAUGCAAUAAAUAUUUAUUUGGAAAUGUU